UCUGAAUAAACUGGUUUCUUACUUCAUUCCGCUUUGACCCAUUUACCCGGUUACCAGUUGUUGUUGUUCUAUACGAGAAAACCCGCUUAUCAGUCAGAGAUAAAGUUGGAAGGCUUUAGUAUAAAAGUAUUAUCCGAACACAGAAACUUCAGUCGUCAGCUGAACAUGAAGAUUGACAAAGAAGACGAUCAGCAGCAACAGAUGCGCAGAGUCGCAUUCUUUGCGGUUGCUGUCUCAACUGCAGCCGUCAUUUCAAGCAUCGUGACUCUCCCAAUGAUCUACUCUUACGUUCAAUCUUUCCAAUCCCAUUUGAUCAUGGAAACCGAGUUCUGUAAAACUCGUGCUCGUGAUAUGUGGGUUGAGAUGCAAGUUCUCCACAAGUCAGGUGUCACCCGUAGCCGCAGAGAUGCUGGAUACAAGGAGGGAUCUGGCAGUGGUGGAUCUGGAAGUGGUGGAUAUGGAGGACCAACUGGAGCUGGAGCCGAUAUUGGACCAACUUGCUGCCCAUGUCAACAGGGACCAGCUGGACCACCGGGACCAGCAGGAGAUACUGGACCAAACGGAAAUGAUGGACAUCACGGAGCUCCAGGAGUUCCAGGAAAGGAAGGAUCCAUUCUCAGCUCUGCACUUCCACCAUCAGAGCCAUGCAUCAUCUGCCCACCAGGCCCACAAGGAGCCGUUGGACAACAAGGACCAAAGGGACCACCAGGACCAAAGGGUAAAUCUCAAGAGAGAGCUGCCGACGGAAAGAACGGAGAACCUGGAAUGAUUGGACCCCCAGGACCACCAGGAGGUGUUGGAGAGCCAGGACCACCAGGACCAGCUGGACAACCAGGAAGAGUUAUUCAAGUAAACGGAGCUGCUGGACCAGCAGGACCACGUGGAGUCAAGGGGCCACCAGGACCAAAGGGACUUCCAGGAAUUGCUGGGCUUACCGAAAUCGGAGGACAAGGACCACCAGGAGAUGCUGGAGGCCCAGGACCAGUUGGAGGACAAGGACCACCAGGACCACAAGGACCACAAGGACCACCAGGAGAUGAAGGAUCUUGCGAUCACUGCCCAGAGCCACGUACCCCACCAGGCUAUUAGACCACCAAGGUCUCGCCGUGAAUCUGAUUCCGGUGCUUUUGCUGUAUGCUGUUCUGCCUUCUUCAUUUUUAAUUUAUUGUUUUAUUUAAAUUGCUCAUUUAUGUUUUUCUUUGUUGUUUGGCUGACGACUCAACCCAAGCUCGACUCAAAUAAACGCUCGCUCGA